AUGAUCAUCUAUUUUACGUGCGCUAUGGAGAGACGUUGUUUGUUCGCACUGGCUGAUGGGUCUGAGGUAACCGGAUGGAGCAUCCGGCUCGCGAGACGUACCGUUAUCGUACGCGUGGACAACUCGAGCUACGUGAGCGAUGACGCACUAUACACGCUCAUACACGAACGGUCUCUAACCGAUGUCUCAAAGGGGUCAUCGCACUUUUUAGGGUAUCGAGUCGAAGUACCAGGACAACAGCGUGUAUUAGGAGGUUGGCAGGAGUUCGCAGGUCAAGGCGGUUCGUUCCCAGGUCGAGGACCGCUACGCGCCGCGCCGCCCCCUCUGAAGAUCCCG